AUGCACGACGGACCGCAUUCACAUUUAGCGAGAAAGCAUUCGUUGGCGAGACGAGACUCGAUUGUUGAGGAUAUUGAGGAUCAUCCACCAUUCUACACCAAGAUUAUGAUUGGAGUGUUGAAAGCCGUUUUCUUUGUCUACGAUGUGAUCACCUAUGUACCACAUCGACUUUUCUCGAAUCCCGAGGCGAAAAAGAAGAAAUCCGAGAGGACAAAGUCGAAGCCCAUCAAAGAAGGCAACCCAGCCAGUCCAUGGAUUCACGAUGAUCUCGAGAACGGAAAGUUGAUCAAAGCGGAUAAAACUCUUGGACAGAUCUGGGAUGAGGCUGUUCGUGUUCAUGGCGACCAUCCUUGCAUGGGGACACGUGAAGUACUCAAAAUUACAAAAGAAAAGCAAGACACUGGGAAAGUAUUUGAAAAGUGGGAAAUGGGCAACUACCACUGGCGUUCAUUUAUCCAAGUCAACGAACGAGUGACGCUGAUUGCAAGUGCUUUAAAGAAACUCGGUCUGAAACCAAAGAAUCCAGUUGUGAUCUUCGCUGAGACUCGCGAGGAAUGGAUGACUACAGCUUUGGCUUGCUUCAAGAUGAAUUUCCCAAUUACUACUGUUUAUGCCACUCUUGGAGAGGACGCAGUAUGCUUUGCUCUCAAUGAAGUCGAAGCCACGACCAUCUUCACCACCGAAUCCCUUUUACCAAUCGUCUUGAAAGCGAUGAAGAAUGGAGCAAAAUUGUCCACAAUCGUUUACUAUGAAUCAUUCGAUCAAUCGCAGAAGAACGAGAAGAAGAAAAGUGAUGGAGCUGAGUUGAUCUCGUUCACCGAUCUGCUCAACAAAGGAGACGCAAAUUUUGUGGCAGCCAAAGAGAACAAUCCAACGCUUGACGAUAUCGCUAUGAUCAUGUACACAUCGGGAACCACCGGAAAUCCAAAAGGAGUCAUGUUGGCACAUCGAAAUAUUGUCACAGCUACGGCCGGCCAGGGAUAUGAUCUAACUGUGGAAUAUAACGACACCUACAUUGGCUACUUGCCCCUUGCCCACAUUUUGGAGGUGUGCGCUGAGUGUGUUUGUAUUUGCAAGGGCACAAAAAUCGGCUACUCAUCCGCUCAAACGCUCUUCGAUCGGGCACCGAAAAUCCCAAAAGGGCACAAGGGAGAUACGACCGUUUUAAAACCAACUUUAAUGGCUUGUGUCCCAGCUGUGAUGGACAAAAUCUACAAAGCUGUCGUUGAUGAUGUCAACUCUCGAUCACCACUUUUCAGGGAAGUGUUCAAGUGCAUGUACGAGAGAAAACGAGCUCGAUACGAGGAAGGAUACAAGACUCUCUUGCUCAACAAAUUGGUCUUCAACAAGAUCGGGAAGAUUUUGGGUGGAGAGUUGAGGAUUGUUCUUUCUGGAGGCGCUCCAUUGUCACCGGAGACUCAGAGAUUCAUGAACAUUUGCUUCUGUUGCCCUGUGAUUCAAGGCUACGGAUUGACGGAGACUUGCGGUGGAGCGACCAUUGCUGAUUUGCACGAUCUCUCAACAGGCACCGUUGGGCCACCACUCCGAUGCGCCCAAAUCAUCCUCGAGCCUUGGGAAGAGGCCGGCUAUUCCCCAAAGAAUGAGACACCACAAGGAGAGAUUCUUGUUGGUGGAGAUCACGUGGCUCUUGGUUACUUCAAAAAUCCCGAGAAGACAAAGGAGGAUUUCUUGGUGCGAAAUGGAGUCCGAUAUUUUGCCACCGGAGACAUUGGAGAGUUCCGAGGCGAUGGAUCGCUGAAAAUCAUUGACAGAAAGAAGGAUCUCUUGAAACUUUCACAUGGAGAGUACAUUUCACUUGGAAAGGUUGAGACAAACUUGCUGACGAAUCCGAUUAUCGACAACAUUUGUGUGCAUGGAGACUCGAAUAAAGCCUACGUCAUCGCUCUCGUUGUUCCAAAUCAGAAAAAUGUCUCCGAGUUAGCCAAAAAGAACGGAAUCGAGAACGUGGAUGACUGGGAGAAGGUGUGCCUCAAUCCGGUUGUGAUCAAGGCCGUCUUAGAUGAGCUUCAAAAAGAUUCUAAAGGUAAACUCGAACGAGUGGAGAUCCCACAGAAGAUUUUCCUUUGUCAUGAACCUUGGACGCCUGCAUCUGGUCUUCUGACAGAAGCACUCAAGUUGAAGAGGAAAAAUAUCGAAAAAGAAUUCAAAGAAGAGAUCGAGAGGUUAUACAAU